UUGAAUGGGAGGAGUCUCAAUCUAAAAUGGCAGCCGCCACAAACAAGAACUGCAAGAUAUUGAAUAUUCUCUCCGAUAUUUCUCUUCGCCGGACCAUGGCUUUAAGAACAUAUUGGACGUUUGUGUUUCUUCUUAUUACAACAGGUCGAUCUUUUGCCGAAGAUGGUCAUCAUGAAAUGGAGGAGUUUCUGAAAAGGGAGCAUUCAUUGUCAAAACCCUAUCAAGGUGUGGGGUCCUCCAGCUCAUCCCAUUGGGAAUUGAUGGGCGAUGCCAUGGUAACCACAGAGCAGGUGCGCCUCACAACAGACAUGCAGAGCAAGCAGGGGGCAGUGUGGAGCCGCAUUCCCUGUCACCUAAGGGACUGGGAGUUACAAGUGCACUUUAAGAUUCAUGGCCAAGGCAAGAAGAAUCUGAAUGGGGAUGGACUGGGAAUUUGGUACACCAAGGAGCGCAUGCAGAAAGGUCCUGUGUUUGGGAAUCAGGACCUCUUCACAGGGCUGGGUGUAUUUGUGGACACGUACCCCAAUGAGGAAAAACACCUUGAGGCGCAGAAGACGAGGUACACCACACGCACACAGAGGAUCUUCCCCUUUGUGUUGGCCAUAGUGGGGAACGGAAGCAUUAGUUACGACCACGAACGAGACGGGCGUCCCACUGAGCUGGGCGGCUGCAACGCCAUGGUGCGCAACCUCAAACACGACACCUUCCUCUUCAUCAGAUAUGUCCGCCGCAGGCUCACGAUUAUGAUUGACAUUGAUGGGCAGCAUGAAUGGAGGGACUGCCUGGACAUACCGGGGGUGCGGCUGCCCCAGGGCUACUACUUUGGAGCCUCGGCCGUCACUGGAGAUCUCUCUGACAAUCACGAUGUGAUCUCCCUGAAACUGUACCAGCUGACUGUGUUACGCAGUGAGACAGAGGAAAAGGAGGAGGAAGAGGAGAUCACUCUACCCAGUGUAGAUAACAUGGACCUACUAAAGAUGGGUGAGAAUGAAGAAGGGUGGAGUAGUAUUGCUAUGUUCUUCACCAUCCUCUUCUCCAUGCUGGGCUGUUUCCUGCUCAUCGUAGUCGGCCUCAUCGUCUACAGCCACUGGAACGAGAACAGACGCAAACGCUUCUACUGAGACGGAGAGAGGGUUAAAAGAAAGAGAGCGGGAGGGAGGGAGGCCUCCAUCAUAACCACUACUACUGUAGUCUGAGGACAAAACUGCACUGAGACACUGAAAUGACAAGAUGGAGACACUGUAACUGAUCACCCAAUGUAGACCAAUGUGCUUGACAGACAGAGGUACCCUUGGGACAACACUAGUGAAUCCUGGGAAAGACUGAGCAGCGGAUGGAUGCAUUUCAACAACUACAGUAGAAAACCACACUGACCCAUGCCAUGAGUAGACACACAGAAAUGUUUACUCCCUGUCCCCACCCCCACCAACCAGGCCUUACUCUACACACAAAUAUAGAGAACAUAUUAUUAUGUACUUGGUGUGAAAUGACCUCAGUGUUGUCAGUAGACGGUGCCAUUGCUGGUUAAGUUUGGUUGUCUUUUUAAGGGGCUUGGGAGAUGGAUUUAUACUCACAGAUUUAUACUCAGUUGUUUUAGUCUUUUGAAUGUCAAAGGGACAAAGUAACCGAUUUGUUCUAACUCUACAAACCACAUGACCAGCUCCCAUCAGCAGUACGCUUCAGUGCUUGAACUGUCACACCAAAGAUGUUAUCAAUGGCCUAUCUGGCAAUUGAUCCGUCGCUUUUCUGCUUUGCUCUAGAAACAGCAUCCUAGCAUUGGGAUAGGUAUGUCAUAUUUGCUUCUAUGGUGCUUGCAAUCAAUGUAAGUCUUUGUGCAUUUUAAUUGAUUGACUUUCAAUGAAUUCUCAUACUCAAUUUUAUUAGUUUGAAAGAUAUGGUUGCAGAGAAUUGAUGCUUUGUGUUGUCAAACUGCAUCUACAGUAGAAUGCAUGAAGGUGCUAGAUUAGUAAUUUUUUACCACUAUUUAUGUCAAGAUUGAUUAGGUCGUUUUUAAAUGUUUAUUCUGUAUAUGACCAUAAGAAAUGAAAAGGUGACCAAUCCCUCUCCUUUUGUUUUUUUUCAAUGAGUUGCCUGUUACAUUGAAUUGAUCUUACACUAUCCAGUCUUAACUUAAUCUACUUUGUCUAAUAUUUGUGUGAUAUACUUACAUUUGUAAGCUAAAUGACAUGGUUCACAUUCUUCCACAUGCUAUCUAGAUUUAUAUAUGAAAGGGAUGUGUCUGAGGUUGGGACAUCGCACAGAUAAGAAUAGGGUUGAUUGAUACUGCGGAACAGAGCACAAGUGAGGCUUUGCUGCAUCUCAUGGUCUCUUCCUGUGGUCUAAAUGUAUUUUCAAGCCUCAGACUUUUUGUUCACUAGAAAUCAUCCCAAACACUAAAUGUACCCUUUCAUCAAGUUAGGGUGUGCUCCUUUUGCUUUUCUGCACCCACCCAAACUGUUUUGGUUUUGUGUCAUAAUACCAGAGAGCCCUAGCCAGUGGUAUGGAUUCCAAAACAAUGUGUAUGUUGCCGUUUCUCCCAGACCUGACCUCAGAAUUUCAACCAGUAACAUUUCAAAGGAAUUUCAAUAAAUUAUAGAAUCCCUCUGAAAGGGAUAGUUUGGAAAUGGAAUACUGCAGACACAAUCCAUUUUAAUUUCACGUUCGGAGAAAAACAAGACAAUCCACUGAGCCUCACACUGCAUCUGAACCAUGUCUUGUCUCCUCAUCAGCAGUUUGAAGACAGUGAAUUGCACUCAAUUGCUCAUGCUGCCUUUUCCACACCGUCUUCACUGUAUGACUGCCUUUUACUCCUGUUAAGCCACUGUCAGUGGAAAGAUGAGCCACAGACUAACUGUAAAAUACGGGAGCUUGUUUAUUAUGUUGAUGGUAUGCUUGUGUUGUCGUCAUUAAAGAACAAUCCUUAGUGAUGUCAUAGUUUCCUCACUCCUUACACUUUGGCUCAGGAUAAUAAAAAUGGUUAUUGACCAUUCAGAGAUGUACCGUAGAUAAGUGUAUUUUCUGGAUAGAGUCCCAUCAUAUCUUUGGCCUAGUUUCAACCAAAUAGGUGUCUUAAAGUAGGAAUGAUAGCAGGUACUGUUGUAUUACCCUCACUGAAGGUUGUCUAAUAAUGCUGCAGUGGAAAUAUUCUACUCAAGUCAUGCGAUUGUAUAUCAUGAAACCAUACAUGGUUAAGUCUGAUGCUCCUCAUGAUUAAUAUCUCAACUGGUUCAGAUAUCUGCGCGUGGAACCGCUCACUGUGUGGAGUACGUUAUGCUGUCAGCUAGUCUAUCAAACGUUAACACUAUAGUUGAAUGCUGCGUUGUUUCUCAAGCCUAGUCAGAGCCAAAAUGACAGUAUAACUUCAAGAGUGCAAAUGUUCGUUUUAUUAUAAAAAAGAAAAUGCAAAUGACCCGAGAGUACACAGUAGACCCCCCACUAAACUAAAGCAUUCAAAUGUACAACACAUUCCAGUGCUUUCCCCCUAUGUUUUUGGCUUGAUCUAGGUGAUAGCGAAAGGGGUAUGCGCUUGUGGUCAACCACUUCCUUUUCAAGCGUGGGUAUUUUCAUUUUUUUGGCAAAGUCUUUCCACACGAAUCAACCACAACAUCCGAUUGACAUUAUCAAACUAUGGUUGAGGGAGAAAUGCAAGAAACAUCUGGGUUACAAGUGGGUAACAGAGCAUCCUUGAUCAUUGGAUUAUGGCGCGAGUACAUUGUUGCCUUGGUGAUAUAUAAUUCAAGUGCAACCCACCCCUAAGUGAGAGACCAUCUAAAGAAAACUUCUGGACUAGCUGAGGUGUCUCCACUCCGCUAUCUAGCAUUGGGUUUAAAUUGGUUUCCAUACUUGAUACAGAUCGCAGUCGCUAUCUUCUAUAUCAAAGGUUGGGGAAAUCGAGGAGAAAAGGCAACGAUUCACCAUUACUAUUUAGUCAUUGAAAAUUCCUCAAAAACUAUGACAGACAUGUUGCUGUUUACAAAGACACCCAAUGCGCCAUGACAGCGCAACACACAAGGGGUGGACCAGUGGCAAAAGUACCCACAGGGCAAA